AACAUUCAAGUCCCUCCUCUCCGAGAAGAGGCGACGCUAAAUUUCGCUCUUUCUUCUUACCUUUCUCGGUCGGAAUCUUCUCCGUCGCCAAAAUUAUUAAUCGAUCACAACGGUGGAAGUUUUGGUAUAUUCCAAAAUUCUGGGGUUUUGAAUCAGGUGGAGGAGUUGAUCGAUUUUUGAAUGGCUUCUUCAAGUUUGGGGAGCUCAAUCCCUGCACCAGAGGCUGUUCAACUUCUGGUUUCGUCUCUAGCUGAUGAUUCCUCUGUGGUUAGAGAAGCUUCCAUGGCUUCUCUUAGAGAUAUUGCCUCUCUGAAUCCGCUUCUGGUUCUUGAUUGUUGUUAUGCUGUGUCUCGUGGAGGACGAAGGCGGUUUGGUAACAUGGCUGGGGUUUUUCAAGUAAUGGCGUUUAGUGUUGGUGCGUUGGAGAAAGGGGAGAGUGAUGCAGUUUUCAUGGGGAAACUUGCUAAGAUUGCUACAGCUGAGAUAAUAUCUUCCAAGGAACUAAAUGCUGAUUGGCAAAGGCAAGCGUCAGGACUGCUUGUCUCAAUUGGAACACAUUUUCCUGAUCUUAUGAUGGACGAAAUAUUUCUUCAUCUGUCUGGUCCGGCCACAGCUGCGCCUGCUAUGGUUCAAAUUCUUGCUGACUUUGCCACAUCUGAUGCUUUGCAGUUCACUCCACGCCUGAAAGAUGUACUUUCAAGGGUGUCGCCUAUUCUUGGGAAUGUUAGGGACUUACACCGACCAAUAUUUGCAAAUGCAUUUAAGUGCUGGUCUCAGGCAGUGUGGCUAUACAUCACAGAUCUUACAUCAGAUUCUCCGCUUGACAGUGAUGUCAUGUCAUUUCUGAACUCUGUUUUUGAGCUUUUGUUGAGAGUUUGGGCAAUUUCUCGAGAUCAUAAGGUACGAGUAUCUACUGUAGAGGCUUUGGGUCAGAUGGUCGGUCUUAUCACGCGGACACAACUGAAAUCAGCAUUACCACGGCUUAUUCCAGCAAUACUUGAACUGUAUAAGAGAGACCAUGACGAUGCUCUUUUGGCAACAUGUAGUCUUCACAAUCUUUUAAAUGCCUCAUUACAUUCCGAGUCUGGUCCUCCACUGCUUGAGUUUGAGGACCUCACAAUUGUUCUGUCAACACUUCUUCCUGUGAUCGGUGUCAAUAAUGAACGCAGAAGGUGCUCAGAUAUUUCAGUGGGACGAAAGACAUACAAUGAAGUGCAGCGGUGUUUUCUGACUGUUGGCUUGGUUUACCCCGAGGAUUUGUUUACAUUUCUUCUUAACAAAUGUAAGUUGAAAGAAGACCCUUUGACGUUUGGUGCUCUUUGCAUCUUGAAACAUCUGCUUCCAAGGUUGUUUGAAGCCUGGCACUCAAAACGGACUCUUUUGGUCGAUACUGCGAGCUCUUUGUUAGAUGAGCAAAGUUUAGCUGUUCGAAAAGCCCUUUCAGAGUUGAUCGUGGUCAUGGCUUCACACUGCUAUCUGGCCGGUCCAUCUGGGGAAUUAUUUGUUGAAUACCUUGUCCGCCAUUCUGCAAUAGGAGAGAGUGAAAAUCUGAAGGCAAAAGGGGAACCAAUUAGUCCAGCACAGCUAAGAGCAGUUUGUGGAAAAGGUCUUCUGCUCUUGACCGUAACAAUCCCAGAGAUGGAGUACAUUCUUUGGCCUUUCCUACUGAAAAUGAUUAUCCCUAAGGUUUACACCGGCGCUGUUGCAUCAGUCUGUAGAUGCAUAUCUGAACUGUGUCGACGUAGAUCUUCAACCACCCCCAUGUUGAUCGAGUGUAAAGCUCGUGCUGAUAUUCCUAGCCCUGAGGAGUUGUUUACCCGUUUGGUGGUUCUUUUGCACAACCCUCUGGCUAAAGACCAGUUAGCAUCCCAAAUUUUGACGGUCCUUGGCUAUCUGUCCCCUCUUUUCCCAAAAAACAUUAGCAUGUUUUGGCAAGAUGAGAUUCCAAAAAUGAAGGCGUAUGUCUUUGACACAGAAGAUCUGCAGCUUGAUCCAACUUACCAGGAAACAUGGGAUGAUAUGAUAAUUAAUUUUCUAGCAGAAUCACUGGAUGUCACCCAGGAUGUUGACUGGGUUAUAUCUCUUGGAAAUUCUUUUGCAAAACAAUACAUUCUUUACAGUCCGGAUGAUGACCAUGCAGCACUUCUACACCGGUGUAUCGGAAUACUUCUCCAGAAAGUUAAUGAUAGAGCGUAUGUUCGUGACAAGAUUGACUGGAUGUACGAACAGGCUGACAUUUCUAUACCUGCAAAUAGACUUGGUUUGGCGAAGGCCAUGGGGCUGGUUGCAGCUUCCCACUUGGACACUGUACUGGAAAAGCUGAAAAUCAUUGUAGAUAAUGUUGGGCAGAGUAUUUUCCAAAGGAUCUUAUCUCUCUUCUCUGAGAGCUAUAAAACAGAAAACAGCGAUGAUAUACAUGCUGCUUUGGCUUUGAUGUAUGGAUAUGCUGCAAAAUAUGCUCCCUCAUCGGUUAUUGAGGCCAGAAUAGAUGCACUUGUCGGCACAAAUAUGCUUUCGCGCCUUCUUCAUGUGCGGCAACAAACUGCAAAACAAGCUGUUAUAACUGCUAUUGAUUUAUUAGGUCGUGCUGUCAUAAAUGCUGCAGAAAGUGGCGCUACAUUCCCAUUGAAAAGAAGAGAUCAGAUGCUUGAUUAUAUAUUGACUUUGAUGGGCCGAGAUGAAAAUGAAGGUUUUGCAGAAUCUAGUCUUGAAGUUCUACACACUCAGGCACUCGCUCUGAAUGCAUGCACAACACUGGUCUCUGUGGAACCGAAGCUGACCAUUGAAACUCGAAAUCGUGUCAUGAAGGCUACACUGGGAUUCUUUGCGUUGCCUAAUGAUCCAUCUGAUGUCAUCAGUCCCCUUAUAGACAAUCUUGUGACUCUCUUGUGUGCCAUCCUCCUUACAAGUGGAGAGGAUGGAAGAAGUCGAGCGGAGCAGCUUUUACAUCUGCUUAGACAGCUUGAUCAAUAUGUUUCUUCGCCCAUUGAUUAUCAAAGAAAAAGAGGUUGCGUGGCAGUUCAUGAAAUGCUUCUAAAGUUUCGUAAGCUUUGUGUGGGUGGCUAUUGUGCACUUGGUUGUUCUGGGGAUUGCCCACAUAGAAAGUAUGCAGACCGCAGUAUGCAGGGGAAUUUUUCAAAUCUACCAUCGGUAUUUUUAUUUCCUGACCGCGAGGUAUUGUGUUUGGGAGAUAGGGUCAUAACCUAUCUCCCACGCUGUGCUGACACAAAUUCUGAAGUUCGAAAAAUUUCUGCACAGAUUCUUGACCAGUUCUUCAGCAUUUCCCUUUCCCUUCCCAAAGCGGCACUCUCAAGCGGGCUAGAUUCUGAAGAAUCCUAUAAAGCCCUGUCUUCCCUUGAGGAUGUCAUUGCCAUUUUGAAAAGGGAUGCCUCUAUUGAUCCAUCUGAAGUUUUCAACAGAAUAGUCUCAUCAAUUUGUGCUCUUUUAACAGGGAAUGAGCUUGUAGCAGCCUUAAACAGUUGUACUGCAGCUAUCUGUGACAAAAUCAGGCAAUCUGCUGAGGGAGCCAUUCAAGCGGUUACUGAGUUUGUUUCAAGAAGAGGGAGUCAGCUUAGCGACAAUGAUAUAUCAAGGACGACCCAGUCUUUGCUCUCGGCAGCAGUUCAUAUAACUGAUAAGAAUUUACGUGUUGAAGCCAUUGGAGCUAUCUCUACACUGGCAGAGAACACGCAACCAUCUAUUGUGUUUAAUGAAGUGUUGGCUACUGCUGGAAGGGACAUCGUGACGAAGGAUAUAACUAGGAUGCGUGGUGGCUGGCCAAUGCAAGAUGUAUUUUUUGCUUUCUCUCAACAUACGGAACUUUCAGUUCUGUUUAUGGAACACUUAAUAUCCAUUCUCAAUCGUAGUUCUUUAGUUAAAGGUGAUUCACAUAAGGGAGAGAAUACUAGCUCUUCUACUGAAACACAUGUUGAAGAUGAUAUUCUCCAAGCUGCCAUUUUUGCUCUCACUGCUUUUUUUAGAUUUUGGCUCGUAAUGGAGAGCAAAGAGAAAAAGAAAAAUGGGUUGAUCUUAUUGGCGAUAUUGCUGGAUGCAUUUCAAUUAAGAGACCGAAGGAGGUUCGACAUAUAUGCUCGAUUCUCACGAAAGCACUUAACCGUCCACAAAGAUUUCAAAGGGAAGCUGCUGCCGCUGCAUUGUCAGAGUUUAUCCGCUACAGUGGUGAUUAUAGUUCUGUAAUGGAGGAGAUGGUCGAGGCACUCUGCCGACAUGUGUCAGAUGAUUCUCCGACUGUAAGGCGCCUUUGUCUAAGAGGAUUAGUGCAAAUGCCAUCUGCUUGUAUGAACCACUACACAACUCAAGUUAUUGGUGUAAUAUUAGCAUUGCUUGAUGAUCUGGAUGAGUCUGUGCAAUUAACUGCUGUGUCAUGCUUGUUGAUGGUCACAGAGUCAGCUUCUAAUGAUGCUGUUGAACCUAUCUUGCUGAAUUUAUCUGUUCGGCUUCGUAACCUUCAGGUUAGUAUGGACCCGAAGAUGAGAGCCAAUGCAUUUGCCGCACUUGGAGCAUUAAGUAAAUAUGCUAUUGGAGGACAGCGGGAGGGAUUUGUUGAGCAGAUUCACUCCUCCCUUCCGCGCUUAGUAGUACACCUCCAUGACGAUGAUCUUAGCAUACGGCAGGCUUGUCGGGCAACCCUCAAGCGGCUUGCUUCACUCGUGGACAUAAUAAAUUAUUCUACCCUUUAUGAUUCACGUGCUUUUGGUUCUGACGAUAGAACUGACUAUGAAAACUUCGUAAGGGAUCUCUCAAAGCACUUGGUUCAAGAGUCGGAAAGAGUUGAUACUUACAUGGCCUCAACCAUCCAGGCUUUUGAUGCACCGUGGCCAGUAAUUCAGGCGAAUGCAAUACACUUCUCCACCACCAUGUUAUCACUCUCAGAGGAUCAGCACAUAAUCUCUCUCUACUACCCACAGGUGUUUGAAACGCUGGUUAGCAAGAUGACCCGGUCGCAAGAUUCAGUUGUGAGAGCAGCAUGCUCAUCAGCCUUUGGGCUGCUGCUAAGAUCAAGCAGGUCAACAUUGUGGAGAGGAGCUCGACUUGAUCGGAGCGACUCAGGUAGAAAAUCCAAUGAUCCUGAGUCUGUUAAGAAAUAACAGGUGCAUUGCGGUAGUGUGAAUACCAACCAGUCUGUUAAGAAAAAUCCGGGGGUUUGCAAUAUAUAUUUUCCAUAGGUACAGUGUGCAAUGAGAACCCAUCCAGGUUUGUGUGUUUGUUGUAAAGUGUAUUAUGUUUUCAUCUUGCAAGGGUUGUCACUUGUGUGUCAUCUCUAUUACCGAACUCAGGAAAGAAACAUUCACACGAAAGUGUUGUAGGCUCUGGUCCUCUUUUUGUUGAUUAUGAUUUUUGAGGCUUCUGCUAGAUAUAGCUCUCUGAAAGAGUCCAACGUUGGAUUUAUCUUCAUUUACUGUUUUAUAUGA